AGUGAAGGUAUAUGACGACAAUUAUUGAAUUUCAUUCAAAAGAUAACUGCGGAGAAUUUAAAUGAAGCCAUGUUUAGCUCUAUGACAAGUUGGCUCGGCGUUGGAAGUGAGAAAAAUCCAACAGAAGAUUCAUCUUCGGAAGAAAACAAGGAAAACGAAAAAUCAGGAGACGAAACCCUAGAGGAAAAUCAGCCAUCCGAAACGAAGUCAACAGAGAAGGACAACCAAGGCGUUGACACAGAGGAAAAAGACUUAUCUUUUGAUGAAGCGAAGCAAGCUUUGGAAGACGCGUCUUCUAAAGCCAUAAAUACUGCAAAAGAAUGGGGAAGUUUCCUGUAUAGUUAUGGUAAAGCAGCAACAAAAACAGUGGCUGACCACGCCAAACAAAUCACAAAGUCUGUAGAAGAAAAGACAUUCCUUGGAGAGUUCAAUCGUGAACAAGAUAAAUUUAUGACAGAAAAGAAAGAAAAAGUGAAACGCUCUGAAGCUGCUGUGCCACCAUGGAUAGGCUACAAUGAGGAGGAGAGCAUGAAGACACAGAUACUAGCCCUAUCAACAGACAAGAGACACUUUCUACGAAACCCUCCCUCUGGGAUCCAGUUUCAAUUUCACUUUGAAAGUAUGUUCCCUAUAGCUACUGCAACUCUCCAAGAGGAUCCCAACUUACAGAAAAUGAGAUUUGAACUUGUACCAAAACAGAUAAAUGAAGAGACAUUUUGGAGAAAUUAUUUCUACAGAGUGUCAUUGAUCAAGCAAUCCACACAACUUACUGUUUUGGCUCAAGAAACAGGUAGCACAGGUGAGAAAUCCAGCAAUGGAUCAAGACGGUCAUCUGUAGGAAGUGUAGAUAAAGAUCACCUUCCAAAAGAAGAAGAGUUUGUAGCAGGCAGUCCUCCACAAGAUGAAUUCAUUAGUGAUAACUUUCAAGAAAAUGACGUCAACGAUGAUGAUCUCCGGAAAGAAAUGCAGCUCCUCGGUGUUGAUGAAAUUACAGGAGACAAAAAUAUCCAAGAAGAAGACAUCCCACAGUGGGAGCGAGAACUACAACAGGAAUUACAGGACUAUGAGAUGGUCAAUGAUGGAACAGAGCUGGACGACGGGGAUAUAGAGAAUGAAAUACUACAACAGAUUGAACAGGAGAGCAAGGCUAUGUGAUAGUGCUGUGAUAGACACGUUGUCGUGACCUCAGAAAUCAUUCAACAUCUGUUUCAGAUCCUACAGAUUUUAUUGAAGAAAGAAAGGGUCAAUGGUUUUUGGAAAGAUCAGUGAAGCUAUGUUAAAUCCCUCACUGUUCUGUUUUCUGUACCUGAUGUUUAAGUUACAUGUUAUUCUGUUUAAAGAUUAGAUAGGCGAUGUCAAGUGUGGCAGUUUACAAAGCAUGAUUCUUCACUAUAAAUAAAGUAAUCAACAUGUUAUCACAUGGCCCUUGUAAUCCACAUGUAUGCAGUAGAGUUAAUGAGAUAUACCUGUUUAUAGUAAUGGACAUAAGAUUUAUUCUAACGUGAAGUGUGUGUACAUGGAACUGGUCAGGAUGAGAUUUGUUUUGUUAGCAAACAGUUGUGGUAUAAAAACUUGUUUUGAAACAGAUUUUGAUCAAUGUUUGAUUAUCUUGGUAAAAAGUGCCUGUGAACAGUGUUAUGGAUGCCUACAAGUACAGCAGAAACUUUAUUUUUCUUACUUUAUUUUUUCUUAUUAGAGUAGAAUACUCAAAGUAAAGAAACAGAUACAGCUUGAAAAGGAAGAUUGUAGGGGUUAUUUAGGCAAGACCUGCAAUUUAUUAUAGACCUUUUUGAUGCAGGAAUAUGAUUUCAUGACAAAUGUCAUACAGACCAAUUUUUUUCUUCACCAAACAUAUCAUAUUUCCUUUUCAGCAAUCAGAGAAAAUCUACAGUUCUUAUAUUGCCAUAACAGAGGGAAAACACACUUUGUUUACUAAAGCAAAGAUUCAACAGAAUAGGUUUUUUUAUCAAGUUUUUAAUUAUUUUCUGGUAGAGGGUAUAAUGACUGGUCAAUACUGAAAUACAUUUUCCAUGACUGUGAUAAUUUUGUUUCUGUUUCCUUCCAGUAAAUUUUUUUUUUUUGAGCAAGGUUUUUGACGAGAUUAAUCUGAUAGUCAUUAUCACUAGAAUGUUUGGUUAACACUUUGUUUUGAGGAGUUUGUUUUUCUUCCCUAUUGACUGAAUAUAUAUCAAGGAAUAAAGGUCAAGGUAAAAUGCUUCGAGUAUAAACCAUUUUAUACAGAUUAGAUGUUGUUUUCCUUUAUUGAAAUUAAUAUCUAGGUCAGUAUUGGCAUGUCUUAGUAAACAGGUGUUGAGGAGGAUAUCACUGCCAGACAUUGUGAUUCAGGAACUCAAGGAAAUUUUUAUGUUAACAUGAAAGAUAAUAAAGCUAAAAUGAUAAAAAGAUCUGUAGUGUUUAUCCUGCCCCGGAAGCCAGCACCAUCUCCUUGAUAUAGGGAUGGGCUUAUUACAGGACUAUUAUGUGGACAUACUACAGAACAGAUUUUGACUGAUUUAGUCUCCUCAGUUAUCAAAAUUAAUUUUUACUUGCUUUCCCAUCAAUACAAAAUAUAUAAAAAUAGAUAAACCCUUAUUCUUAUACCUCAAAUCGGUUUCUGUCCUAAACCAUCCUCCCAUGGUUUAGAGUUGUAGUGGAGGGCUGACACUGUAGGGUGACACCUUAUGUCAGCACAACUUAUAUUUAGGAAAAUUGUUUGUUGUAGAGAUUUUGUUGUAUUUCUAAGGUCACGACCUAAUUGUAUAUAUAAUUUGCAUAUAUUAUACUGAUAUGAUGUGAAUAUUUAAUGACGUGUAGAUUUAUUUAUGUCCGGGAACAACUAAUUCUUCUCACUAUACUGUAACAAUGUACAGCUAUAAUCAUUAGCUUUCUGGUCCCCUGGGCUUGUGACGGAGCUAUCCUUGAAACAUUGUACAAGAUUUCUAUAAGUCCCUAUUAAAACAUGGUUUAUUUAAUUUGGUUUAAUUACUAUCAUUAUGAGUUGUUUCCCCUUUUUGUAGCUACUUGAUUUGCUGGUGAAAUAUCAUAAAGGAAUCAGACAAAAUUGAUUUAUUAGUUAUUUUUUUAUAAUUUUUUGAUAACACAUGUUAUCUUGUAUUUAGUUAUUGAUUAAAACUGAUCGCUUUUAUUCAUUAAAUAUUAGAUGAGUGCAUUUAUCUUAGAUAGAAGAGAAAUGGAGAUUUUGGGGUUUCAUUCAGGUUUUCCAUCAAUAUAUGGUUGUGGUUUAAGACAGGUACAGCCCAUUUUUGGCGUACUAUGUAAAUACUCGGGGUCUACCAGGUAGGGAACACUUACCUCAUGUUGGAAUCAGGUUCUUGUUGCAGUUCAACAGGGAUAUUAGAAUAUUUUCAUGUCAAAUCUUGUAAACAUUGGAACUUAAUUAAUCUGAACACAUUAAAAAAAUGAUAUACACUAAUGCAUUCAGAAUUAUUUGAACACUGGAUAUUUUUUUAAUUUUAUUGGAAAGAUGAGGUCUGUAAAUUAAUAGAUUCAUCCGGUUCUACUGUCUGUUCGCAUUUUCUUUUCUUUUAGAGAUUCUGUUAUACAUUGCUUCAGUUUUUAUCUCUUGCGUUGAUAAUGACUCUGAUAAACUGUCUAAUGUGGCUGGAAUCAUUUAAUUGUAUGAAAAUAUGGAAAUGCAGCUAAUUUGAACAGUGCAGUGUGUUAUGAGUGGGAAAACUGUUCAUUAUCUGAAAGGUGAUGUAAUGAAAAAAACAUUUUACAAAUUUUUUUAUUGUACAGACAGCUGCCACACAGUACUGACAGUCAAUAGUCACACACACUCACAGACAGCUGCCACACAGUACUGACAGUCAAUAGUCACACACACUCACAGACAGCUGCCACACAGUACUGACAGUCAAUAGUCACACACACUCACAGUCAACUGUCACGCACACUCACAGUCAACUGCCACACACACUCACAGUCAAUAGUGACACACACAGACAGCUGCCACACAGUACUGACAGUCAAUAGUCACACACACUCACAGACAGCUGCCACACAGUACUGACAGUCAAUAGUCACACACACUCACAGUCAACUGUCACACACACUCACAGUCAAUUGUCACGUACACUCAGUCAACUGUCACGCACACUCACAGUCAACAGUCGCGCACACUCACAGUCAAUAGUCACACACACUCACAGUCAAUAGUCACGCACACUCACAGUCAAC